UUUAUGUUUACUGCUUGGCGUCGGAGCGUGCGUAAAAGAAACGAUCCGCACAUUGGCAGUAGUAGUUUAGGUUCGAGUCUGGCCUCUUGCACGGUGCUCAACGCGCCACAACAUUCAAACUCGUUUUUAUUUUAAGGUUCGACACGGUUUUAAAAAAAGUUAUAAAAAUACAAAAGAAAAAAGUUUAAAAUCCGGCCGUGUUUAUCGAUUUUUUACCUUACAGGCCAGUGAUUUUUCCCCCCUCGUAUACACCCCGGCCGGAUAAUCGGAACAGUUAUGUAAAUUAUCUCAGUUUAUUUAACAAAAAAAGAGAAAAAUCGAGUUUUAAAUAGCGAAAAUGCCAACGAUCGAAACAGUCGGGAGCGAGAAGGAUGCGGACAAAGCACCAGUUGUCAACGGGACCGAGACUCUUCCCAGGCCGAGUGGAAAGUCCGAUCCUGGGACGAGCUUUUUAAGAGCUGCGAGGGCAGGGCAGCUGGACAAAGUCCUUCAACUAGUGGAGCAGGGUGUAGACAUUAAUACAUGCAAUGCGAAUGAUCUGAAUGCGCUUCAUUUGGCUGCUAAAGACGGACAUGUAGAGAUAGUUCAGGAACUUUUGAACAGAGGAUGUGUCGUAGAUGCUGCAACCAAGAAGGGCAACACCGCUCUUCACAUAGCUGCCCUUGCCGGCCAGGAAGAAGUUGCAAGGCUGUUGGUUGACAAAGGAGCUAACAUAAAUGUACAAUCACUUAAUGGUUUCACUCCUUUGUACAUGGCUGCCCAGGAGAACCACGACGCUGUUGUUAAAUUCCUUCUCAACAAAGGAGCAAAUCAAGGCCUAGCGACUGAGGAUGGGUUUACCCCAUUGGCAGUCGCUAUGCAGCAAGGACACGACAAAGUUGUCACCGUUCUACUUGAGAAUGACACAAGAGGGAAAGUCAGACUGCCCGCUUUACACAUUGCGGCCAAAAAAGAUGACUGUAAAGCCGCAACGCUACUUUUACAGAAUGACCAUAAUCCUGAUGUGACGUCUAAAAGUGGAUUUACACCUUUGCACAUUGCUGCGCAUUACGGAAAUGAAAACAUCGCAACACUUCUCCACCAAAAAGGCGCUGACAUUAAUUUUGCUGCUAAACAUAACAUUACUCCACUUCAUGUUGCUUGUAAAUGGGGAAAGAUGGCAAUGGUUUCAUUACUUCUUGACAAAGGAGCCAAUAUUGAAGCUAAAACACGAGACGGCUUGACGCCGCUUCACUGCGCCGCUCGUUCAGGCCAUGAUCAAGUGGUCGAUCUUCUAAUAGAAAAUCGCGCACCGUUAGCAUCUAAAACGAAGAAUGGACUAUCGGCGCUGCACAUGGCCUCACAAGGGGAUCAUGUCGAUGCCGCGAGGAUAUUACUUUACCACGGCGCUCCUGUAGAUGACAUUACAGUCGAUUAUUUGACUGCGCUUCAUGUCGCGGCGCAUUGCGGUCAUGUCGCUGUGGCCAGGCUACUUUUGGACAGAAAAGCAGACCCGAAUGCCAGAGCUUUAAAUGGCUUUACUCCUCUUCAUAUCGCAUGCAAGAAAAAUAGAAUCAAGGUGGUGGAGUUACUUUUGAAAUACGGUGCUUCCAUUGAAUCAACAACUGAGUCUGGGUUAACACCACUUCAUGUAAGCUGUUUUAUGGGCUGCAUGACAAUCGCAUUGUGCCUUCUUCAGAAGGGUGCAUCGCCGGAUGCGGCCACUGUGCGAGGUGAGACACCGUUGCAUUUGGCCGCACGGGCCAAUCAGUGCGACAUCGUCAGAGUACUGCUGAGGCACAAUGCCACCGUCGAUGCCAAAGCGAGAGAGGAACAGACGCCUCUACACGUCGCAAGCAGGCUGGGCAAUGCCGACAUCGCCAUGCUUCUUUUACAACACGGCGCUUCGCCUCAUAGCAUGACUAGAGAUCUGUACACACCGUUACAUAUCGCUGCUAAAGAAGGACAAGAAGAGGUGGCUUCUGUCCUCCUGGAAAACGGCGCAUCGUUGUCAGCGACGACGAAGAAGGGCUUCACUCCGUUGCAUCUGGCCGCCAAAUAUGGAAAUAUGAAAGUCGCAAAACAAUUGUUGCAGCGUGAUGCUCCUGUAGAUGCUCAGGGAAAGAAUGGAGUUACUCCUCUCCAUGUUGCAAGCCAUUACGACAACCAGAACGUCGCACUUCUCCUCUUGGAGAAAGGCGCUUCGCCGCAUGCUACCGCUAAAAAUGGUCACACGCCUUUACAUAUUGCAGCUAAGAAAAAUCAGCUUGACAUUGCAACCACUCUACUUGAAUACGGUGCUAAGGCAAACGCAGAGUCAAAAGCCGGUUUUACACCCCUCCAUCUUGCUGCUCAAGAAGGAUACACGGACAUCGCUUCUUUACUUAUUGAGCAUAAAGCAGACGUUAAUCAUCAUUCAAAGAAUGGUCUAACUCCGAUGCAUCUAUGUGCUCAAGAAGACAAAGUGAAGGUUGCCGAAAUAUUGAGAAAGAACAAUGCUUCCAUCGAUUCGGUUACAAAGGCUGGUUAUACCCCUCUGCAUAUUGCAUGCCAUUUUGGUCAACCUGCGAUGGUACGUUGGCUUCUUGAGCAAGGGGCUAAUGUUGAAAGUGCUACCAAUCUCGGCUAUACUCCUCUGCACCAGGCAGCACAGCAGGGGCACUGUUUAGUCAUUACGCUCUUGCUUCGUGCCCGAGCCAAACCAGACGUCAUGACAAACCAAGGGCUGACAGCUCUGGCAAUAGCAAACAAGCUUGGCUACAUAACAGUAGUGGAGACUUUAAAAGUUGUGACAGAACCUACCGCUCCGACGACUACAACGACUCUCGAAGAGAAAUACAGGGUCGUCGCUCCAGAAUCAAUGCAGGAAACUUUUAUGUCCGAUUCGGAAGACGACGGAGGUGGGGAUGAUAUGAUUGCUGUUGCGAUGAAUGACUAUGGCAAACCAACACAUGCUCAGCAUGUCUACCUUCCCUACUACCAAGGUCAAAUGUUAUACACUCGUGAAGAUCCGUUGUUGAGCGACCAGCAGCAGUAUCGUUACAUGACAGUAGACGACAUGAAAUCUCUAGGCGACGAUUCGGUUAAAAUCGACGUUACGAAAGACGAGCACGAUUUCUCUCGCGACUCUUUACUCGGCCAUCACGGCGAUUUGGUGCACAAGAAGGAUCAGUACAAUCCUGCAAACAGCCAGCCGGACAAUGUGGACAUUGUUCAGAUCCCCGUUCAUGCCGGGUUACGUAGCCUGCAUCAGUCGUUACGAAGCCUUGGUCGUGGAAAGAAUGCUGGGAUGUGCAGAGACAGCAAAAGUCAAUGGACAAACUUUCUGGUGAGCUUCUUAGUAGAUGCAAGAGGAGGAGCUAUGAGAGGAUGCAGGAGGUCAGGUGUCAACGUAGUCGUACCUCCUCGGUGUGCUCCCGCACCGCUUCGUCUUACAUGUCGCUAUUUGAGAAACAGAAACAUUGCUCCUCCACUUUCCGAAGCGCAGUCUUUAGCAACACGAGUUUUGGAACUAUCGCCUGCAGGCACAAAAUUCCUAGGGCCUAUAAUUAUUGAAGUUCCACAUUUUGUAUCAUUGCGAGGGAAAGAAAGGGAGUUGGUCGUUAUGAGAAGUGAUAACGGUACGACAUGGAAAGAACAUUGUCUUGAAGAAAGCCAAAAUGCUGUACAACACAUUUUGAACUCAAGUUUUGAAGGAGGAGAUGAUUUUGAUGAAGCACAUACUCAUAGAAUAACAAGGAUUGUGACUACCGAGUUGCCUCAGUAUUUGGCGGUUGUGUCCCGACUGAGGCAAGAAGUCCACGUCAUCGGGCCCGAAGGCGGGGUCGUGUCGUCAACCGCCGUUCCGCAAGUCCAGGCGAUUUUCCCUCCGAACGCUCUCACCAAGAAAAUUCGCGUCGGCCUUCAAGCGCAGCCGAUCAGCAGUGAGCUCGUCACCCGGCUCUUGGGGAACCGAGUCGGAAUUUCUCCUAUCGUCACAGUCGAGCCUAGAAGGAGGAAAUUUCACAAGCCGAUCACGCUAACUCUACCCGUACCGACAGCGGCGAAUAAAGGGAUGAUUAAUCAGUACAACGGUGAAGCUCCGACCCUCCGCUUAUUAUGCAGCAUUACUGGAGGCAACGCGAAGGCUCAAUGGGAAGAUGUUACUGGAUCAACACCGCUUACAUUCGUCAAAGAUUGCGUAUCAUUUACGACCACAGUUUCAGCGAGGUUUUGGUUGAUGGACUGUAGAAAUGUAAGCAACGCCACAAACAUGGCCUCUCAGCUUUACAACGAAGCGAGCCACGUUCCUUUUAUGGCCAAGUUUGUCGUUUAUGCUAAACGAGUCGACCCGCUUGUUGCUAGGCUGAGGAUUUUCGUAAUGACAGAUGACAGGGAGGAAAAAACUCUCGAACACCAGGAAAACUUUACAGAAGUCGCAAAAAGUCGUGAUGUGGAGGUUCUCGAAGGGAAAAACAUUUAUCUCGAGUUUGCCGGGAACUUGAUCCCUGUGACAAAAUCUGGUGAGCAGUUGAGCGUGAAUUUCGCUGCUUUCAGAGAAAACCGGCUUCCGUUCACUGUCCGUUUGAGAGAUGUCGACGACAAACCAGUCGCCAGACUUCUAUUUAUGUCUCAACCCAAGCUCGCACGAGGAGAACCGUUGCAGUCCGCAGUUUGCACCUUAAACAUCGCCCUUCCAGAAAAUAUUGAAAAAGACGGAACACCGUACGGAAGUGAUCUCUAUCUUAGCGAUAGGUCGUAUUCUCUUCCGAGAAAUGCUACACCUGAAACGAUGGUAAGAGGCAACAUGGUCUUAUCAGACCUAUGCCAGGUUCUCGGACACGAUUGGGAACCUCUAGCCCUCAAAUUAGGAAUAAGCGAUCAAGAUAUCGACAUAAUAAAACAAGAAGUUCACACUUCGCCUGAAAGGACGAGUUUAGCCAUCAAACUGUGGAGGACCAACUUAGGACCGCAAGCAACAGGUAAUAAGCUGGAAAAAGCCCUGCGAGAUAUCGGACGUGAAGAUGUUAUUGAAAAAUGCGUACGGGACAUGGAAGUAGUUACGGACGAUAUUGAGAAGGCUGUAGCGAACGUGACGCUGGAUCAAUCUGGAUUUGACACAACUGGCAAGGACAGCUUGUUGCUCGAUAGCUUCCAUCAAAAUCAGGAAUCUGGAUAUUUGGAGGAGAUGAGCAAUUCGAGCACAUUAGGAAACAUCAAUUCAGAGCCUUUUGACAAAUACGCCGGAGAGGAGAAACAGAUAACGGCCAAUUUUAUCGCCAACGAGGUCCAAAUGGCUAGCAUGUUGGACAACGCAUCCAACGGAUGGGCUUCAAAACCGAAAGAAACUGAAGUCAUUAGAAGAGAGUGGAAGGAAGAAAACAUGUGGCAGUCCCCUUCUCUUGACGGUAUACACGACGGGUGCUGGCCUCCCCAUGAUAAUCUGCGAACGAAGACGACAUAAAACCUAACUAAGCAUAUUUUCAAGUUGUCAGCUUUUGCCGGCUGCAGAUAUUUCAAGCCCGGAUGUUCUAGAUUUUAGAUAAAGGUUUGAUUUCGUACCGAAGCAGGAAAAUUUAUAUAGUAAUGAUGUUAGAAUUCAUGUUUAAAUCUAAUCUAUCAUAAGCUAAAGAUCAGUUUCGACGCAACAGUUAUUACGAUUUUAUUUGGUACGUUUUGGGCUUGUUUGUUUGCAAUUCCUGAUAAGACAUGACCAAUUUGAUUGAGAUUAUUCUAAUGUAAAUAGAAUUGUUUUUUACUUUUUCUUUGUGUGUGUUAACUUUUAUUUUCACUGUUGUUAUGAAACUGGUUUAGGAAUAAAAUAUUUAGAUUUUCUUUUCAGUAAAAUUAAAUAUUUGUACAUAACAAUGAACAACUAAUAUUAUGAUAUAUCAAUCUUAGUAGAAGCUUUAACCAUGUUAUCCUUGUAUAUUUUUCAUGAAAGGUUUAACUUUAUAUUAUUAUUGAUAUAAAGUGUGAUAGUUAUUCUUUUGCAUUUGCCUAAUUCGAAGGGAUUUUUUGGAAAAAAAAUACUUAAAGACUUUAGUGCUACUGCUGUUUAAAAAGAGGCACGAAGCCCUUUUUCAUAAUAUUAAGUGUUUUUUAAAUUAACUUUCUUCAAAAGAUCAAUAUAUUUGUUUAAUAAAAAUUAUAUAUCCAACUAUGAAACAAUAAUAGGAUUAAUAUUGUUUACUAUAGUUCAGAUUCUAUUUAUUAAUGAAUGUUUGUUAUAUUUUUUGGAAAAGUUUUAACGUACAUUAUUAUUAAUCAAAUUCAUAUUUUGAACUAUUUUUGUAGAAAAGUCUGUGCAAGAAGCGGGUGAAAAGUUUGUGCAAGACGCGGGUGUGAUUGGCGCCAAUCUGAAAGUUUUCUCCAAACGCGCGGCGUUCAAAUUAGUCGGUCCAAAUCGGUUUUUUCGAAUUUCAAUGUCUUCCUUUCUAUUCGUAGGGCUUUUCGUUUUGGGAGUCGCUGCCUGUUUGGAAAAUUUUAAACAAAUUCGGAUUCGCCAAGGUUUGUUUUUUUUUUAAAUUUGUUUUUCAAGAAUUUA